AUGGAAAGCACGGCCCUAACACCGAAAUCGACGCUUCGCCAGUCGCCGGCCAAACCCACCCCUUCGGCACUGGACCUUGUCGCGAUGUCGCACGCCCAAUUUGCCGACGACGAUUUCUUACCUCCCGAAUUACGAGGCUUGUCAUCGGCUCUAUCCGACGAAGAUGACGGGUCUUCAACCGACGAAGAUGAACCGGAAGUAGUUCCAGAUGUCGAAGGUAGCGAAGCCGAGUCGAGCGAUUGGGAGGACCAGAGCUUGUACGAGGAUAUGAUUGGUGCAGAAAUGAAGGACGGGUCGGAUGACGGAUCAGGCGCCGAAUUUUGCACACCAGAGGAAUGUCAAUACUACAAGGACUUACUACGGAGAGUCGGAAGCAGGGCUUUCGUCGACCAGACGGUAUCGAAUGGAUCCAUCACCGCCAAGAAGCUCCUAACGGCCUUCGGGCUACGACCGCCGGCAUUCUUGGAAGGGAGCUUAGAUUCUGCUUACUUUACUCUGCUGGGGCUUAUGAUGCAACGGGAGAUGGCGAAGAGGCUGAAGCUGUCCCAUGUCAAUUCGGUCGAUGACGUUGUGGAGUUAAUUCAGAGCUCGAGCAACAUCAUGGUUUUGACCGGUGCUGGAAUUUCUACGAGCUUGGGUAUUCCGGAUUUCAGAAGCAAAGGCAGCGGUCUCUACUCUCGUCUUGAAGGUCUUGGGUUGAGCGAUCCUCAAGAGGUCUUCGAUAUCCAGAUCUUCAAAGAGGAUCCUUCUAUCUUCUACUCUAUAGCCAAGGAUAUCCUUCCGACCACCAGCAAGUUCUCACCCACCCAUGCUUUCAUCGAGCUCCUCCAGCGAAAAGGCAAGCUUCUACGUAACUACACCCAAAACAUCGACAAUAUCGAACAAUUGGCUGGCGUUUCACCCGACAAGUUGGUUCAGUGCCAUGGAUCGUUUGCGACGGCCUCUUGCGUUAAGUGCAAGUUUCAGGUUUCCGGAGAAGAGAUAUAUGACGACUUGCGAGCCGGGAAGAUAGCGAAGUGUCCAAAGUGUGUCGAAGCCGAGGUGGCAAAGCAACAGGUUGGAAAGAAGAGAAAGAGGGGUACUGCGGCACCGAAAAGCAGGAAGAACAAGUACAAUGACGACAGCAGCGACGAGGAGGAUUGGGCCUUGGAAGCUGAUAUUGGAGUGAUGAAGCCUGAUAUCAUCUUUUUUGGAGAACAACUCCCAGACCGCUUCCACCGAAUCGUUGACCACGAUAGAGCCAAGGUUGACCUUCUGAUUUGCAUUGGAACGAGUUUGAAAGUUGCACCCGUGUCCGAGGUCCCUGCGUUCUUACCUGCGAACGUGCCGCAGAUAUACAUCUCUCGAGAGCCUGUCCACCAUAUAGAAUUUGAUGUGGAACUGAUUGGCGACCAAUGCGAUGAUAUCGUUACGGAACUGGCACAUCGCGUCGGCUGGGGCGAUGAGUUCAAGCAUGAAAUGAUACCCAGCAACUUCGAAGUGGAGCAUUCACCGAACCCUGAGAAGACCUCGCAGCACCACUUCAGCAAGGUCACAAAACCAUUAGCUCCGGCGUUGCCGAGCAGCUCUACAUUUUCAUUCACGAUGGCCAUGUGA